AACGGAAGAUUUCUGCGUCACGUCGUCACGUCCGCCAUUUGUGUAAUGGUUGCCGGUGGUUUUGGAUGUGUGAAGAGUUAAGAUAAAGAAUAAGCAGUACUGUUUUCUUCGAAUAAAGAUUAGACCGUUGUUUCGAUAAUUCAUCUUUUAAAGCGAGUUUCAGGCCGGAUCCGGAAGUCAAGUCGCAAGUAUGCCGGGUUUUAGCAGCGCGGGCACUUUCAAAAUAUUUAUCGGAAACCUCGCCGAGAAAACGGCAGUGACGGAGCUGCGUCCACUUUUUGAAAAAUACGGAAAAGUCGUAGAAUGCGACGUGGUCAAGAAUUACGGAUUCGUCCAUAUGGAGAACGAGUCGGAAGGCCGCGAGGCGAUUCAAAACCUAAACGGGCAUAUGUUGAAUGGCCAACCAAUGAAGUGCGAGGCGGCGAAGAGCCGGAAAGCGCCCCAGACGCCAACUACGAAGAUUUUUGUUGGAAACUUGACGGAUAAUACUAAGGCACCGCAGAUCCGCGAGCUUUUUAAAAAAUACGGCACCGUGGUGGAAUGCGACAUUGUCCGCAACUACGGUUUCGUCCAUCUCGAGUCUUCGGGCGACGUUAACGAGGCCAUAAAAGAGCUAAACGGGACUAUGGUGGACGGUCAACCCAUGAAGGUGCAAGUAUCAACGAGUCGCGUUCGCCAAAGGCCUGGCAUGGGUGAUCCGGAGCAAUGUUACCGAUGUGGCCGCGGCGGCCACUGGUCCAAGGAAUGCCCCAAGGGCAUGGGACCAGACAGAUUCCGCGACCGUAUGUUCGGAAGAGAUCCUUACCCACCGCCGCCGCCUCCACCCUUCCUGCGCGACCGCAUGAUGGGUCGAUUUGGGGACAGUUAUGAUGGUUAUUAUGAUAGACGCUUUGAUGAUUCCCGAGAUUUAUAUGAACGUAGAUACUCUGGUUUGCCACCGAGGGGCGAUAUUGGAAUGCGGGGAGGCAGGGACUUUCUCCCACCACCAUUGCCACCAAGACGUGAGCCUUUGCCACCAAUGCCAUCUAUUGGAUUACGUGGGCCACCCUCGAGCAGUCUUAGCAGCAGUAUAAGGGAUCCAGGAUUUUCCCGUGGUGGAAGCGACUAUGGAAUGUUCAGCAGAAGGUCUCCACCUGCUUCAGGGGGGAUGUCGAGCAUGAGCAGAAGUAGAAUGUAUGAGGACUUCAGUAGAGACUCGUUCGAUGAGAGGCGACCUGGGUUGAGGGGGCCUUCACCUUCAAGAAGAUAUGCUCCGUAUUAAUCCCUUUUCUUUGGACAAGUUAAAAAACAAUGUUUUUUAAAUAAUGAAGUUCCAUCAUUCUGAUGAUUAUGUAAAAAACUAUUUUUAAUGUAUGUAAACUUUUUUAUUUAAGUGACUAUUAGGUUAUGUUUUGUAUGUUUCAUUUAAUUUUGUAGAAUGAGGAUAUUAAUGUGGUAAAUAAAAUACUACAAAUUGUAAGAAUGAGUUAAGAUUAAAUAAGAUUUCUCUAUG